UUCCGCUUCCGGUGGGCUUCGGGGCGCAGGCGCGUCGGGGCCAGCCCCGAGCUCCUCGGAGGCGAUCUACCCAACGGAGCCCAUUUCCCAAAGACAGCAGUCUGCCCCAAGGCUCAAAUCUUCGGAUCAUCUGCGCAGGCUCCAGGACGGAGGUUCGCCGCUCAUCGCCCAAAGGAGGCUUGGCCGUUUCCCCGAGGCUUCCCCGGGGUCCGGGGGGCAGGAGGCCAUCCUCACGGCGUCUCCCAGAGGGGCGGCUGGGCCACUGAAGAGCCCGGCGCUUUCCUCUCCCCCACGGCCAUGGCCCACCCCGCUCUGAUCGCCUUCACCCCGGCGCAGGACCCCGGCGACCUGUGGAAAGACGGGGAGCAGCGGCCCCAGCAGCCCCCCGAGCAGAGCCGGGGGUCCCCCCUGGAUGGGGAGGCGGUGCGCAGCUUCUACGAAGACCUGGUGGGCGCGGGGAGCCCCCGGCGGACCCCCGUGGGGCGGACCGAUGAGCGGAAGGAGAGGAGGAGGGGUGGCGGACGGGACCGCGGGGGGCCAGGGACUCGGCCCCCCGUGGGCCGGACCAUCCCGAGGCUCCUGAAGGCGGCCCAGGAUGGGGACGUCGAGGCCCUGCGGGGGCUGCUAGGGCCGGGCGGGGACGGGGACGUGAACGCCCACGAUGCCUUCUGGUGGACCCCGUUGAUGUGUGCGGCCCGGGCGGGGAGGGCCGACGCCGUGCGCUUCCUGCUGAGCCGCGGGGCCGCCUGGGUGGGGGUCUGCGAGCCCGGCGGCCGGGACGCGGCCCAGCUGGCCGAGGAGGCGGGCUUCCCCGAGGUGGCCAGGCUGGUGAGGGACAGCGGCCGACCGCGGCCUCCGGAGACCAGGUCGCCCUCGCCCGAACCCCGCUACUGUGACGUCUGCCAGACCUGCUACCGAGAUGCCAACCACGCCAGCUCCACCGCCCACCUGCUGGCCCUGCCCCGCGGGCCCCGCACCCCGCACCCGCCGCCGGGGUUCCCCGCGUCCAGUCCGGGCUUCCGGCUGCUGCUGCGGGGGGGCUGGGAGCCGGGGACGGGGCUGGGGCCCCACGGCCAGGGCCGGGCGGAGCCCGUGGCCACCGUCCUCAAACGGGACCUGGAGGGGCUGGGCUACGGGCAGCCCCCCCGCCCCCGCGUCACCCACUUCCCCGCCGGGGACCCUCGGGCAGUGAGGGGGCCGGCUCGGGCCCCCAAGGCCGCCACGCUGGGCAAGAGGAAGGAGAAACAGCGGGAAGAGAAGAGUCGGGCCUGGGAGCGCAACCUGAGAACCUACAUGAACCUCGAUUUCUGAUCUCUGGCCCCGUGGCCCUCAACCCUCAACUCCCCGAGGUUGAGGAAAGCUUUGAUUUCCAGCUCCUGCCGACGUGGACCCUGCUCCCUCCGGCCUCCGCGGGCUGUGACCCCUGACUUUCUUAGGCCGGAUUCUCACCUUUGAACUGUGGCCUAGGUGGAAUAAACUCUUCCUCUUUCCUGUUUA